AUGUCUUCAAGUAUUUUACCGGGACUUGAAGGUUCAAAACCACUUGAGAUCGAUUCCAUGGGGGCUCUUGUUACAGUUGAAUCUAAUGCUAGUCAUUCGCCUUUGGCUUCCCAUUCUAACAUAGCAAAUGUCUCUAGUACUAUAAACGAAAACACAAAUGUUUCUGAAGGGAUAUCAUGUGCCUUAUCUGUCAACCCUUCACUCGACAUUGUUAAUGAACAACAAAUUGACCCAUAUCUGUCCAAGUUAAUUGACAUGAAAAAGCGUGGGGUAACAAACGCCCCGACUGCAAAGGUACAAGACCCCAUUCUUAAGACAUGGUAUAGUCAUUAUAAUCGCGUUUUUCUUCGUGACGGCUUGCUAGUUAGGUCCAUGGGCAAUCGAUCCCCUUACCCCAAUUACGUAAUUGUUGUGCCAAGUGCGUCCGUGACACAAUUUUGAAAGCUGUUCAUGCCACAACCCUUUCGCUGGCCACUUAGGAACUGUAACUCGCACCGAGGAAAGAGUGAAAAAACGUUUUUAUUGGCCUGGUAUCCGUGUUGACGUUGAACAGUAUGUUAAGCAUUGUGCAGUAUGUGCACAUCACACUUCACCAGUUAACUUAAAUCGAGCGCCAAUGGGUACUAUUGCUGUAGGGGAACCAUUCACGUUUUGGGCAAUGGAUUACAUGGGACCAUUGCCAGAGACUAGCCACGGCAACAAGCACAUACUUGUCGUUGUUGAUCACUUUACAAAAUGGUGUGAGGCAUUUGCCACUCCUGACCAAAAAGCAAGUACAGUCGCGCCGCUUUUGAUAAGUAGAAUAUUUUCACGAUUUGGCCCACUGCGGUUUUGCAUUCAGACCAGGGGCGCAAUUUUGAGAGCGUUUUAAUGCAUGAAAUUUGUGAUGCUAUGGGUAUAACAAAGACUAGAACAACGGCGUAUCAUCCGCAAUGUGAUGGUCAAACAGAACGCCAAAAUAGAACACUCCAAAGCAUGCUGUCCUCUUUUGUUUCUAGUCGGAAAGAUGAUUGGGAUUUGUGGCUAGACAGCGUCACGUUUGCGUACAACACAAGUGGGCAUGAUGUACUAGGUGUCUCACCCUACGGGGCAGUUUUUGGUCGUGCACCUCGCCUGCCUUUAGAAUUAGAGCUAGGAAUGCCUCUUUCAAAUCCAGUUACACGCAAUGAAUACAUGCAAUCACUAAGGUCGGUAUUUCGUGACGUGAGACAAAUCGCAAAGCAGCAGCUCACCAAAGUAUCCAAGAAACGAGCCGGGCACAAACAGGGAACAAACACCUGGCGGCCAUUUCAUGAAGGACAAACGGUCAUGCUCAGACGACCCAAAAUGCUGGAAAUUAGGUAG